AUGAGAUCCGUCUUCUCAUGUCAGGAUCUCGACCCCGAGAGCGAGUAUCUGCCCGGAGUCGGAAAGGAUGUAGAUUCCGAUGUUGGCGGUAGCGGUGCCGAUCGGAAGCUCGCUGGACCUGAUUCCACGGCGGUCGCGUUUUGGGGAAUCUGCGACAUCAAGUAUGAUCCUCGUGCUCCGCUGAGAGAACGAAUUCGUGUGCUCGAGCUGGGCGAUGGCCGCUCCUCGCGCUUCUCACACCAUGGCCGCUAUAUCAAGGAGAAGUUUGACUCCAACUAUUGCAUGGCGAGAGCUCCCAUAAAGCGCGCGGUGAUGACGGAGAACAAGAAGUUCACUCACGAUAUGUUCGUCCAGGAAGGUUUCGCUCACUUGCGGCCACCGACAGCAGCAUACCCGAGGCGGUACGAGCCGCAUCUUGCCAACCGCAUUCUCCGGGACCUCGACAUCAAGGGCAACGGUGCAGUCGUGCUCAAGCUUUGCAACCGAUCUCGGGGUGCCGGCGUGGUGGUUGUUACAGCUUCCGAGCUCGAUGAUGUGCUCAGGAAACUUCUGACGCCGCCUCUUGAAGACUUGGCCGACUUCCUGGCCGAGCGUCGCACGGCGGCAUUGAGCCUUGGGGAGGAGCAGCCGCUCUUUGAGGAGCAGUGCCUGCACUGGUGGUCGAAUGAGUGCCCCUUGUUCGUGGUGGAACGUUGCUGCGCCUCCAUUCCGGCUGCGCGCCAAGAGUGA